CACAACAAAAUGGAUAAGAAAAAUAAAACGAAAUCAAAAUCGAAACCAAAAAAAUUGAAAUCAAACAAAGAGUCGAGCACCGCGUUGGAUGUGGACUUAUGGGAGCAAAACGAGGAUCGCUUCACAACUGUAGAACUGCCCGCCGGCGCAAAAAUGCCAAACAAUAGCAACACCAUCACAAGUGCAACCGUUAAGGGCACACCGACCGUCGGCGCCAGCAGCAAAACCGGCAAAUCUAUCAGCAUCAGUAUUGGUGGUGACGGCGGUGGUGGUGCUGAUAGUACACCAGGUGGUCCACCGCCGCCACGUGAUCCACUCGAAACGAUCACAUAUCCACCCAACACACCGACAACACCCGCUGCCAAGGGCACAAUUGGUGGUGGUGAUUCCGGCGCAGCAUUAAUUGCACUCGACACGGGCGAUGUGGGUGAACCGGAAAGGGGUAAUUGGACGGGCCGAUUUGAUUUUCUACUCUCACUACUCGGCUACUCGGUGGGACUGGGCAAUGUGUGGCGUUUUCCCUAUCUCUGCUAUAAUAAUGGUGGCGGCGCCUUCCUCAUACCAUUCACAAUAAUGUUAAUUAUCGCCGGCCUACCGCUCAUGUUCAUGGAACUGUCGUUCGGUCAGUACGCAGCUUUGGGCCCUGUCGCCAUUUAUCGUCGCUUCUGUCCGCUAUUUCGCGGUCUCGGCGCUGGCAUGGUUAUUGUCUCGGCCAUUGUGAUGCUCUAUUAUAAUUUAAUUAUUGCCUGGACAAUAUUCUAUAUGUGCGCUUCGUUUCGGCGUCAGUUGCCGUGGCAGAAUUGUGAGGCUGCUUGGAGUACUGAAAACUGUUUCUCCUAUGAAAUGGCCGAUCAGUGUGAUGCCGUCAACGGUACCUUCUACUUGCGGACAUGUUAUAAUAUCAGUUACGCAGAAGAGCACAAUAUUACCGAGUUGGCGUUACACGCGCUGAAACGACCACCAGCUGAGGAGUAUUUUACUAACUACGUGCUCGGCUUAUCUUCGGGUAUUGAAGAGACUGGCGGCAUAAAGGUCGAACUUGCUGCCUGCCUAUUCGUCGCUUGGGCUAUAGUUUUUCUGUGUCUCUGCAAAGGUGUACAGUCCUCAGGGAAAGUAGUUUACUUCACAGCGCUCUUUCCGUAUGUGGUGCUGGUUAUACUCUUCUUCAGAGGUGUCACAUUACCCGGCGCCAAGACGGGCAUACUCUUUUAUUUAACACCAGAUUUUAAGCAGUUGGCUAAUGCACAGGUCUGGGGUGAUGCCGCAGUGCAAAUAUUCUUUGCGCUGAGUCCUGCCUGGGGCGGUCUCAUCACAUUGUCUUCGUAUAAUAAGUUCUCCAACAAUUGUUACAAAGACUCUUUAAUCGUCGCCAUUUGCAAUAUAGCCACCUCGUUCUUCGCCGGCUUGGUUAUUUUCUCCAUCAUCGGUUUUCUCGCACACGAGUUGGAGGUGGAAGUGAAGAAAGUGGUCGAUCAAGGUGCUGGUCUGGCGUUCAUAGUUUAUCCAGAAGUAGUGACCCGACUACCAGUCUCGCCCGUUUGGUCGGUACUAUUUUUUGUCAUGUUACUUACACUGGGGUUGGACUCACAGUUCGCCCUAAUGGAGACCGUAACAACUGCCAUAUUGGAUAAAUUUCCCAAUUUACGACAAUAUAAAACAUGGGUUGUGCUUUUUGUUGGUAUUUUUGGUUAUAUCGGUGGGUUGGGAUUUACCACGAAUAGCGGCAUGUAUUGGCUGCAGCUAAUGGAUAAAUACGCUGCUAAUUGGUCGGUCCUCCUCAUCGCCAUAUCCGAGUGUGUUCUAAUUGCUUGGAUUUAUGGCUCGCAACGUUUCCUCAACGACAUACAGGGUAUGAUUGGCAAGCGUUCGAAAUUCUGGAAUGCCUUUUGGUCGGCAAUGUGGCGUUAUAUAACGCCAGCGACAUUAUUGUUCAUAUUAUUCUUCAAUUGGGUUGAAUACAAGCCAGCCUCAUAUGGUCACUACGUCUACCCGCUAUGGGCGGAUGCAGUCGGUUGGUUUAUUGGCCUCUUGCCGGUACUCUUCAUCUUCCUCAUAGCCUUCCAACAAUUCUGCAAAGCACCCAAACAGCUUACAAUCAAAGAGCGUCUUAAGCUUUUACUACGCCCCACAGCCGAGUGGGGACCCGCGGGACGACCUUGUGUCAAUUUACAUGCCGAACGCUAUGACAGUCAAAACUAUGAUGUGGUAGCCAAUACACAGGUACUCAUCAAUGGCCUACCCGCCGAUGUGUCGCCCUAUGAGGACAACAGCAAUGGAUAUCGCGACGAGGCGAUGCAACUCUGAGAGCGAGUGAGCGCAUCGUCGACGUCAGCGCUGGCGGGUAAGACGAGCACUGCUGUUGUGCGCAUGAGUGAACACGUCGACGAUGGUAUGGGCUUGCGGAUGAGUGCGGCUAAUGGUGCUGGAAAUGGUGCGGGUGGUACGGCUGGUGGCGGUAGUGGUGGCGGCAGUGGUGGCGGUGGCGUCGGCGGUGCAGUAGUGACGAUUAGGAAUGGCAGUCACACCGAUUACGGCACGGCAGUGGCUAUCAAGACAUCUAGCGCGACCACGACCGCAAAACUGCCCGGUCCCAGUAUAUUGAAGGGUUCGAAGAGCAAUCAAACAGCCAUCAACGGGCGUAAUAAAGCUCUCACACAGCCCGAGGCGAGUCCCAGCCGACAGCCAUUAAUAGAGGCGGAAUUGCGUGCGAACGAUAGUGUCGGCUCAUUCCUGAAUGAAGCCGCGGCGUUGGCUCAACGAAAAACUCAGGCGGCAAAUGGCCAAACGGCCGAGUCGGCUGAUAAAAUUACUAAAGUAACUGCCAGUAUUAUAUUGCCAACGAAACCGGUAAUAACAACUACAACGCCCGCCGCAUCCAACACAACAGCAACAACAAAAGUGUUGGUCGCCGGCACAAUGAGUAGUGGGCGGGAGCGUACGCUUACCACAUUCGGUGAGCGAGGUGUGGUGCCGGGUGCCGAGGCGGAGCCCGCAACAGUGACGAGCUCGAAAGUAAGUACAGCAACAGCAACAACAACAAAAAGCUUUGCUGUCAACUCAACGGGAUUGACUAAAGCGACGACAAGUACUGUCGGCGCCGGUUUAUCGAGCUCAAAGCCAUCCCCAGUUGGUGGCGUUAAGUCGGACAUAAGUCCAGCAAUAACAACAAAAGCUCCAGCUACAACAAAAAGUCAGCAGCCGCUCACAACCAAUACUGCCAAUACGAAACCGGUUGCUGCGGAGCUCAAAAGUGCGACGGCCGUGUCGAAACCCGCACCGUUUACUACAACAACAACAACAAUAACCACAUCGACAACAGCUUCCAAGCCGUUGGCUGCAACAAUUAGCACUGCAGCAACAGCAACAAUUACCAAACCAAAGCUGGCUGCUUUGCCGUCGACAGCAGCAGCGACAACAACAGUUGCACACGCCGUUAAAACGCCAAUUGUUGCAAUCACAACAACAACAGCAGCAGCAGCAGCAACAAAGCCGUCAGUGGCCGCAACGAUGGCUAAGCCUACUCCAGCAACAACAGCUGCAACAACAACAACAGUCGUGCAAAAAACAAUAACCAUAACAACCACAAGCCCUACAACUACAACAGCAAUUACUACACCGCCAGCGUCAUUGUCAGCAGCAAAAAGCAGUACUAUCGCCACAACUAAAACAACAACAGGCGUUUCGAAGCCUACAACAGCAACAACAAGCGCGUCUCAACCUGCAACAACAGUUGCUGCUUCCAAAUUGAUUGCUGAAAGCAAAUCCGCUACGGCAGCAGCAACAAUAAUAACAACUACAACUACUACAGCAAUGGCCGCCGCUAAGCCGGCAACAACAGCAACAGCAGCAGCAACAACAAACAAAUCGACGCCACAAGCAGCGCCACAACAACAAAUAAGCAAACCGCCAACUAUAACAACAAAAUCUACAACAGCCCCAACAACUGCCAAAGUGUCAGCUCCAGCUGGCACAACUUCAACAGCAAAAACAACAAUAACGACAAAUGUCACAAGUGCAAAUUUGACUAAAAUAUCAGCAGUAACACCAACAACAAAAAUAGAAGCAACUAAUACGCCAAAACAAACUACAACAAUACCAACAACAACCACCACCACCGCUAAGACAACAACAGCUACUACAAGUUCAGCGACCGCGGCUGCAGCUCUGCCUCUACCUCAGACGCAGCCAACGAAAAUUGCUGCACCGCAAGAAAUUAAUGCAAAAACAACAAAACCAGUUACAACAAUUUUAUCUACAACGCUGACGGCAGAUGCGCGCUUGCCGACAAUGACAACAACAACAACCACAAUAACGGCGGCAAAGGCAAAAUCAACAACUCCAACAACAACAUCGGCUGCAAUAACAUUAUCAGCGGUGCCAAAAACUGUAACAACAACAUCGGCAGCAGCAUCGUCUGCAGCCAUGCCGAAAGUCGCAGCUGCAAUAACAAAAACAACAACACCUCUUACGACCAAGUCAAUAACCGUUGUUACUACUACUACAACUACAACUACUACUACAGUUACUGGCUCAACGACUACAACAACAACUACCGCCACAAGUGCUGUAAGCCGAAAAUAAUUGUAAGUCAAAAACUAAUACUACUUUACUUUCGCUCACACACAUACACACACAUACGCAAAACACACAUAUAUGUAUGUGCGUAUGCUAUUUAACCUAGAAGAAUAUGAAAAUUUAUAACAGUAGACAUAUGUAUAUAUGUAUAUGUAUACAUGUAGGCACUCAAAAGAUCAACGAUUACACUGUGCGACAUAAUAUUGUGCCCAGAAUAAAAAUAUAUAUAUAUAUUUUAUUCAUCACUAUAAUGUCAGGUUCAAAUAUUAUUAAAAUUGUAGUCUGUGAUUUGUUUUUUGACGUCAGAGUUUUUCAUUAAAAAAAAUGUUUAACAAAGUGAAUUUAGAAUAUGAAAUACUAAAAAAACGAUCAACCUGAAAAAGAAUAUUGAAAAGUAAAAUUUUCGAUGAUUACCCAUGAGGACAAGCUACAAUAAUAUUAUCUGUUGAUCUAAACGGGUGACAGCCCUUGGCGGGAUAAAAUCCGAAUCAACUCCGGUACGUAGAAGCGACUGUCGUGAGAGUUGAAAGAGAGUUCACGACUUUCAGGCCUACAUUAAUCACCACCUACAACAACCGCUGUACAGGACGGCUUACCGACAGGCAUUAAACGCCAUUUACCGAGUAGCCGCCGACACCUUCCUGAACUCUUUCCCAUUGAAUGGCGUUCUCGAAGUCAAAACAGUACCCUUAGAUGACGAAGAUCUCGAGCUGUCUCGACAGUCUGGCGCUGCUUCGAUUUGGAUAUUGUAGUAGACUAAACUCCUACCUAUUAAGACUUGACCCCAACAAACUCAACAUAUUGCCUUCAUGCAAUGAGAUCCCAUACGACACCAACCACCACCACAUUGUAUGCCCUCUAAAGCAACUUACUUAACAACGCUUUCCCCUCUGUUCUGAACUCCUCGUUUCUUGGACGUCCCGCUAGAUGACCUCGCUGACUUAAACUGGUCUAGCUAACUCCUAAGCCGAGCUAGCGAACAACAAAAACAGCUUCACAAGCUCUUAAUACGCCCACCCUUAAACUUCUUCCUUUUUCUUUUGCCGGAAAAUGCGUCUUCAGCUCUUGGUAUCUAUUUCAUCCCGAACGUAGCGUGGUCGAUUGCAACGUUGCGUACACAAUUUGUAUUCUGCUUACUGCUGUCCGACAUUCCUCAUAUCGUGUCAGCAAUUUAGCCGAAGUUAUCGAAAUUCAGCUGUUCUUAUACUGGAGAUAAGUUGUCGAAGUUGCUGAUGGGUGCACUCACAUAAGAAGAGUUUAGCUUUCUAUUGUUAUGCCAUCAUUUUGACGUGGAACCUUCCCUUCUUGUAUUUGCAAGAUCAGAGUCGAUAUAAGGUCCUCGGACCCUACGUAUUUUUAAAACACUGCAUGGUUCGUUCUGGAGGCAGUCGAGUAGCUUGAUGAAUUUUCUUAUGGCGGAGUCUGGUGCUACACAUCGCCAUAUUUUGGAAGAAAAUCGACCUUUGUUGAUGUUUCGUCGUGGGGACUGGAUUUACCGGCCGUUAGACCGGAAAUGCCUUCUUUGCCCACAGUGGCAUUACAGUUGCCAGCGGUGGCAGAUACAUUCUAGCAUCUUUGAUUUACAUCGUACUUCUCCUUCGUGACAGCAAAGCAUCUCUAAGUUGAAGACCUUCCUUUUGUUGCGGAUUGCGGAUUGCAGCUAGACCAGAUUUGCACUCUUUUAUAUGACCGAUGUAGUAGUUUUAACAAAAUCCCACUAUUUUCUUUCCUCAUCUUGUACAUCGAACAUCUUGGACUACCGUGAUGUGAGCCUAUAGUCUUAUGAGGAUAUACACCAGCUGGCCAGCGGCACCUUCCCAAUUAAGGAACCGGAUAUUCCAUCUGCAUAUCCUCAAAUUGUGAUCCUUAGAAUUCCGUAUUUUUCCAUAUUUUUGUCGCACAGUGUAAGGGCAUUGCCUAAAUACCUAAAAUAUAAUACUGAAUACAUAAAAAAAAUCGAAAUAAUAUAUAUACUCGGUGCUUAUGUAUGUAUGUGACAUAAAUAGUUGGAACAAUAUUACUUACAUAAUUAGCAUUAAAAGUUAAAUUAAAAACAAUGAAUAUACGAACGAAAAUGUAUUCCAACAAAGUUAUAUACCCUCUAUGCAUAGUAGUAUUUGGUAUAAGGUAAUUAUAAAAAUGUUUCAGUUAAAUAUUUAGUAAUACUUUAACUCUAAGCAACAACAAUGGCGUUUAAUAUUAAGAAAAAAACCUAAAAAGUGUACCUAACCUAACUAUUUACUACUAUUUAAUAUGUUGCUAAAAUAUAUAUAUGACUAUAUAUAUAUAUAUAUAUAUAUAUAUAAUAUAUAAUACCAAAGACGUAA